CUUUCCACUAUUCAUUUUCUGCUUUAUGAGCUUUUUUGUUCUCAAUUCUCAAUUUAUUUUUUAUCUUUUCCAAUUAGCAGUAUUAAAUGCUGGCAAAUUCCGCAAACAGCAGCAAUGGCAGCAGCAGCACCACAGAGGCCAGCCGCGCCCUCCACGCACUAAACCAAGCACUCCCCUACGCACACACCAUCGCCGAACGCUCCCAGCUCGAACUCAGCAUCAACCUGCACCAGCACCAGCACCAAUCCCUCCUUCAUCAUCACAAGCAUCUGCACACCCUCCAAACAACGCUUACCCGAGCGCAAUCCGCCCUCCAACAAAGCCAACAAGGCCAACUGAACGACCAACAGAGGCUGCGUCGGCUACAAAGCGACAGUGUGUUUUCACUGAUGGUGCCAUUACGCAAGAAAGAACGCGAAAGCGCACAGAACGCAUUGGGAUUUUCUGAUAUGAUGGUGGAGCGUGCGCAGAGGGAUGUUAUGAGGGUGGAGGCGGAGAUUGACACAAUGAGGAAGAAGUUUGAGGAGAGUAGCCGCAGGAUGAGGGAUGAGUGCUGGAUGGCUGAGCAAGCGUGUCGGGAUGUUUUGCGCAGAGCUGGUACGGUUGCAGAGAUACAGCAGCAGCCGGCAGCAGCCACCCCUUUGACGCCACCGCCGAUACCGCCGGUUCCCCCGCCGCCGCCACCGCCGCCGCCACCAAUUCCGCCGGAUCUGCCGCAAUCAAAUCAAAUCACCACCCACCGCUACACCGCUGCCAAACAGCGGCCGCCGCCACCGCCUCCGCAGUCCCAGCGGCCGUUCUCAAUCAGCGCCGACACCAGCUUUGAAAUCCAAGCAUCGCUGCACCAUUUCCAAUCAACGCUCCCACCAGAACUCCUCCACCCACUCGCCACACCCCCGCCACCUUCAGCAUCUGCUGGCUCUGCUGGAUCUGCUGCAACAAUUAAUUUUAGUGCAUCGCUUUGGCACGCUCUUUAUAUGACACUUCGGUAUAUUUACCCACAUGCCGAAGUUACUCUGGACCAGGGUAACGCGCUAUUCGGCGCCGACGCGUAUUUGAAUUUACAAACCACCAUUCGCCUGCCUGUCCUCAUAACCAACUCAUUUUCCUCUUCCCACCAUUUUUCCUCUGGCACCGCAGCAGCAACAGCAGCAGAGAACUUGGAUAAUGAACAUUAUCGGCCACGCCGUAGUGUCAGUGGCAAUCAACGUGCGUUAGCCGAAAGCUUCGGUUUAAAAUCAUCAUUGUGUGAUUUACGUAAAGUAGAAUCCGCCAUUAAGAAACUCGUCUUGUUAAUUAGUACCGAGCGACAAGCGAGGAAUUCCGGUUUAUUGGUUUCAAAGGAAGGCGUGGUGGUUGUAAGGAGAACAGCGAGGCAGAGUGUAUGUGUGAGUCGACUUUGUGGGAUUGUUGAUGGGUGGAUACAUCCCGUGGCAUUUAUUGCUUGGUAUAUGGCUGUGAUUAUUGAGAGUCCUGUGGUGGAGUAUGAGCCUCCAUUAUUUCUUUAAAAACAAAUAUAUGCGGAGUUUAUUGUUAUUGUUUAAUUAAUUAAAGUCUAGAGUUUGAAUAAAAGGUGAAAUGACA